AUGCCUGCAGUACACCCUUCCCCUACUCUUGCAGUACACCUUCCCCCUACUCAUACUGUACACCAUCCUCCACCUACCCCUGUAGUACACCCUCCUCCUCCCACCCAUGCAGUACACCCUCCUCCUCCCACCCCUCCAGUACACCCUCCUCCUCCUACCCCUGCAGAAGAGCCUCUUCCUCCCCCUGACCCUACUUCUAUACCUUCCUCAUCUUCUAGACCGCCUUCUGAGACUGCCACACCAUUUACUGAUCCAGAUUCAGCUGAUGAUAGUGAUGUGUUGACCCGUUCCUCCAUGAUCAACCAUGGAUUCAGCCAUAUGGAAAAGGGUUUAUUCCAUCCAGGGUUGCUUCCCAGGCCAUCACACGAUCAAUUAAGCAACAGUAUUUGA